ACCCGAGUUCCGGUGGUAUGAACGAUCGGCAUAGUGUAUAUCUCGACUACAUCCCUCUUGCAAUGGCACUUCCAUUUCCUGAUAGCAGCUUGCUUCCAAACUUCCAGGCCCGUACGCCGUAAACUACUAGUAAUAAUACAGAGAUCUAGCAGACCAAAAUGACUCGACAGUGGCCUAUAUUCCUCGCAUCGCUGCUCCCAGCAGCCGCCUCCGCAACUGGCAGCACGGACAACUUGAUCUGCGCAAAAGCAUGCUCAAUCCUCGCCACAGCCCUCCCGCAAAAGGUAACCUUCCCCAACGACACCACCGCCUACGCCGCCCACAACCUCUACUGGUCCGCGCACCAAAGCGAGGUACACCCAGCUUGCUUCGUGAGCCCCCACACGGCCGAGGACGUCGCGACAGCACUCAAGAUCCUCACCCGCCAGCAAGCGCCCUUCACCGUCAAAGCCGGGGGGCACACCGCCUUCCGGGGCGGUUCCAACAUUCAGGGCGGCGUGACCAUCGACUUGGCAGGGCUCAACACCAUCGCCGUGUCCGCCGACCGCCGGACCGUCUCGGUGGGCGCCGGCAACCGGUGGAUCAACGUGUCCGAGACCCUGGACCCGCUCGGCCUGGCGGUGGUGGGCGGGCGGAGCGCAACGGUGGGCGUCAGCGGUCUGGUGCUGGGCGGCGGCAUCUCGUACUUUUCGGGUACCUACGGCUGGGCGUGCGACAAUGUGCGGCGCUACCAGGUAGUGCUUGCGUCGGGCGAGGUGGUGGAGGCAUCGCUCGGGGGGAAGAACAGCGAUCUGUACUGGGCGCUUCGCGGCGGGGGAGGGUCGAAUUUCGGGGUCGUUACCAGGUUUGACCUGGUCUCGUUCGAGCACGGCGAUCUGUGGGCGAGCUCGCUCAUCUACCCCGGCGCGGCAACCCGCACGCUCAUCCCGCUGCUGCACGAGCUGCUCGUCAAGGGACUGCCGUCGGAUCCGGCCGCGCACACCUAUUUCGUCAUGACCUACACCCCCCUGCUGGGCGGAUAUGUGGUGCUAACCGACCAGUUCCAUGCCACGCACCUAGACGUCGCCUCCCCGCCAGCUGUGUUCUCCCCCUUCCACGACGCGGCAAUCCCCAAGCUGUCGAACAACACCCGCCUGGCCAACACGUCGCGCCUCUUGCGCGACAUUGAGCAGCCGGUGGGCGACCGCCAGACAUGGUGGGACACGACGGUCGCCGCCACGGCAACUCCCAAUCUGCUGUUGGACAUCGUCCCGCUGUUCGAGGCACAUGUGGCUCGCCUCCUCGCUGCCGCUGCCGCCGCCGACAAUUCCUCCGUGUCUCCCUACCUCGUCUACCAGGCCAUCUCGUCCAACAUCCUGCAGGCAAUGCAGGUCAACGGGGGCAAUGCGCUGGGCUUGAAGCCUGAGGACGGGCCGAUCAUGAUGGUGCAGUUGGCGACUACCUGGACGAGCUCGGUGCUGGACGAGGUUGUCGAGAGCAGCUGCCGGGAGCUCGUUGAAAACGUCGAUGUGCUCGCUGCGGUGCGUGGAGCGAGGUCCAAAAACGGGUACAUAUACAUGAACUAUGCGGGGAAAACGCAGGAUGUGUAUGCUGGUUACGGGGCGCAGAACCAGGCCAGGUUGAGGAGUGUGGCUAGGAAAUACGAUCCGAAGGGCCACUUGAAGAGGCUGUGGAAGGGAUACUUCAAGCUGUGAGGGCCUGUAACUCGGUUGUACUGACGCGGACGUGUCGAACCGCACACUGCCGUCGUUGGAGAUAGGGUCGGAAACAGCCAGCUAACUGGGCGGUUAGGUUAGCUAUGAUCCGUAUUCGUCGAUGUGA